AUGUCACGAACAUCACCAACACUCACCAACACGGACUUGGCCUUCCUCCUCUGCACCCUAGCCACCACAUCUCCCCAUUCCCAGUCUCAGUCUCAAUUUCCAAAAGUCACCCUUUCCUUCGAAACCAACUAUGGCCUCUUACUUUCCCUUGAGCCAGACGGAUCCAUCACCAUCAGUCUCCGCACACCACAUACCUCUACCUCUACUCCUAUGUCGACGGAUUCGUUGGACCCAUUCGGCAGCGCCACGCCCAUUCAGUCCCAGCAGCAGUUAUUUACCACCGCUCCCGUUUCCCGCGGACAUGGAAGCAUAGACGGAGUGUUGCUCAGUAGCCCGUUACGUGGAGCCUUUGGGAUGAUGACGACGGGAACGGGUGGAGCGAGUAUUACGCCUGCUAGGAGUACGCCUUCUACCUCUACCUCUAGGCUAGGACCCGUGUUGGCGACGAUGACGCAGGCAUCGAAGCAGCGAAGUUCACAGCAAGACAUCCUCAUGGCAGCAAAUAAGGCCGGCAUUUCAAACUCAUCGAACAUGAAAAUCAGAUACUACAUCCGCCCCUCCGGUCUAGACGCCAAUAGUUCAAGUUCCUCGCACAUGUACUAUACCGCUUCCGCUUCCGCUUCCGCUUCUACAAAGAGGCAAACACCCCACGACCCAGCUAGCAACAACACCAAACGCCGCCCACGUACACGUGCACUCCACCGCGUCAAGCUCUCCCACCUACAAUCCCUCUACCACACACACCUCCCCUCCAGUACAGGUACCCCUACCUCAAGAAAAAGUACUUCCAGUUCCUGGUUCGACGCCUACCUAGAUUGGAUUGAUCGAUUAGACGAUGCAAUUGCACUUUCCCGACAACGUGCUGCUGGACAACAGCAAACCCCCAUCGCGGCCCUACCUCCCGGCACCAAGAUUAUCCCUUUACAGACUCAGGAGAACGAUCCCUCUGGCUAG